GGGCCGGAGUGGAGGCGGGGCAACGUCUACUCCGUCAGUAAGAGCUUACGAGUAGCCGGGCUAAGUAAAGAAGCCAGGCACAUACAUCAUUGGAUGAAGCUCUCAAACGCAUUAUUUCCACCUGCACCGAGAAGUUUGUCAGUACUGGGGCAGCUGAGGUAUCAAGCUAUCGUUGACUCUCUGUGGCAUUGAUCCAUAAAGACCCAGUGAUCCCUGUGGAAGUUAUACAGGACAUUCCACACUCAGCUCUCAUCAUCAAUCCAUUUAUCUCUCACAAGAAUACAGAAAGCACUUCCAAGUUACAAUGGCGCCUCAAGUCAUGUGGAUUGGUCUUGGCAACAUGGGCCGAGGCAUGUGCAAGAACCUCGUCGAGAAGGGCCCGCUAGACAGCCCUCUCCUCCUCUUCAACCGCACUAAGAAACGCUCCGACGACCUGUCGGCCAAGUUGGGCACCGACAAGACGGAAGCCCUCUCCUCGAUCGAGGACGGCGUCAAGCGCGCCGACAUCGUCUUCACCUGCCUGAGCAACGACGCCGCCGUCGAGGAAGCCUACGCAGCCAUCCUCAGGGCUGGUAACCUCAAGGGCAAGCUCGUGGUCGACUGCUCUACUAUCCACCCAGACGCCACCGAGAAGACCGCCAAGAUCGUCGUCGACGCUGGCGCUGAAUUCGUUGCGAGCCCUAUCUUCGGCCCCCCGGCAAACGCCGAGGCCGGGCAGCUCCUCUUCAUCCCCGCGGGCCCCAAGGCCAGCAUUGCCCGGCUGCGGCCGUACACGACGGGGGUAAUGGGAAUAGCCGAAAUCCCGUUCGAAGACAAGCCCUACGCCAGCUCAUCCAAACUCAAACUUAUAGGCAACACCUUCAUCUUAAACAUGGUGACCCAACUCGCCGAGGGUCUGACCAUGGCCGAAAAGACCGAAGUCGGCACCGAACCGGUCCAACAGUUCAUCAAGCUGCUCUUCGGCGGCGUCCACGCGGCUUAUGCGGAUAGGAUGGUCCAGGGGACGUACCACAAGAUGGAUGAGCCGCUGUUCUCUGCUAACAAUGCGCUCAAGGAUGCGGGACAUGCGAUUAAUCUGGCUGAGGCAGCGGGCAUGGUUAUCCGGAAUACGGAAACGGCAGCCGGGUAUCUGAAGGAUGUUGCAAAGCAUGUCGGUGGCGAUAAGGGCGACAUUGCGGGAAUCUAUGGUGCGGCGCGGAUGGAUGCGGGCUUGAAGUACGAGAAUGAUGCUUGAAGUGGCAGCUAUAAGUUGCACGCUCGUAGAGGUAAUGAAGGAACCCCGAAUGAAACAAAGUCAAAUGAAUGCUACUUGACCGGUGACAAUAUUCAAGAUAUCAUGCUGUAUAGACAUUGAACCUUGUCGUUGUGAGAAUAUCUCCUGAGUUGUGUGAACUACGUUUGGUGCCUUUGCAAGCUGGGCCCAAUGUUGUAUCACUGGAAGAAAUGACUUUUCAGAGGUGGUGCCUCCUCACCAAUAGGGUGUCGUAGAAUGAUAAGAACGGCAUAUGGCAAUAUAUUCGCUGAGGUUGUGCCCAGUUAGUCAUUCUUCGAAUUGCAGGACUAAUACCGCCGGGUCUCGCACGCGGUUUCUUGCUGAAGGGCAUGGCUCGCAUUACUGAUGUUUCGUCUGAAAACUUCAAUCG